AUCCCAUUAUUUUAUCAUAGUGAAUUGUUUAUCAUGUCAUUAAUUUCGGUUUUAAUUAUUUUCUUUGUGAAACUAAAGGCUGUACUUCGCAAACUGGAUAACUUUUCAUUGAAUUAGAGUAGCUGUUGUUUUUUUGUUGUCAUAAUUUUUGUUCUGGCAUUAGCAUUUGGUUUUAAUGAAAUCAUGUGGAAGUGUCAUAAAUGUGGCAAACCUGUCUUUUUCGCGGAAAGGAAAACAUCCUUAGGAUAUGAGUGGCAUCCUGAGUGUUUAAGAUGUGAAGAAUGUGGCAAGCGGUUAAAUCCAGGUCAACAUGCUGAGCAUAAAGGAGUUCCGUACUGUCACAUACCUUGUUAUAGUGUCCUUUUUGGCCCUACUCUUUUUGGUCAUGGAUCACAAGUAGAAGCACAUACUAGUUUUGGAAAAGUUGAAAACCGUCAAGGAAUUCCUGUGCCUAGGUCCCACUUAGAAGCUAAAUUGAGAAUUUAUAACAGCUAUUUUGAAGGCAAAAGUGGAACUAUACAAAGUCGUGAGCGCAAUGGCCGUCUGAUACUUGAGGGCUCUCUGAGAAUAUACUGGGGUGUUAACAAUGUAAUUCAUCUUAAAGAAGACCAUGACGAUAGAAUGCCUGUGAGGAGAAGAAACAGUUGCCAAUUUAUUUCAACAUCAUCUGAAUCCCGAAAUAGGGACUCAGUAAAGUCUUUGACUGAUGAUGAAAAAGCUGCACUUGUUGAAAAAGAUCCUAAUCUCUUGAAUUCUUUGUUAUCUCUUCCUAUGAAUGACUCUGUGCCACUCUCUGAAAUUGAUCUGGAUGUCCAAAGCAUUGAAAAAGACAGUGCUGAUGAAAGUUCAUUACAGCCUACCUAUUAUAAAACAUUACCUGCUGGUGGUUUAAGAAAUUUAAGGUCAGACAACACCCACACUCUUAUAAAUGAUAAUACUCUGAAAGAUAAUUGUGGAAAUGUAGUGCAACUAAGGAGACGACCUCGUGUCCAAAAGUCCAAAUUAAGACGACGUUGCUCUAUAAAUGGACAUUUUUAUAAUAGAGAGACAAGUGUGUUCACUCCUGCAUAUGCAAGUGUUACGAGUGUUUGGGUGACAAGUUUAGUCACUGCACCUGAAGUCAUAAAUAUGUUGUUAGACAAAUUCAAAGUUGUAAAUAAUCCUGAAGAUUUUGCCCUGUAUGUUGUCAGAGAUACUGGAGAACGCCGCUGCAUUCAGGAUCAUGAAUAUCCUCUUUUAGUCCGAGUAAUGUUAGGCCCUAGUGAAGAUGUUGCUAAAGUAUUUAUCAUGAACAAAAAUCAGGCUAGAGAAAUAACUUGUGAGGUAGCACAAUAUCUUAAGUUUUCAGAAACAGAGCUUAGGAUGUUUCUUCACAAAUUUAGUGAAGAAGAGAAAAAAGAAACUCAGAGAAUUGUGAAGAAGUACCAGGAAAGAAAAUCAUGGAUUCAAGCUAGAAUGGAAGAGUUGAAAGAAAUCCAAGAAACGGGUUUGUGAUUGCAAUGAACCUCAGUGCAUAAUCUUUAUAUUUAUUUUAUAAAUUUUUGUGUAUUUUAUGAUGCAGCUGUGUACAUAAUUUCUGUGUUUAAUUUUUUAAUGGUUCUUUACUGCAGAUUAUUUUACUAAUAACUUCCACAUUUAAAUGUGAUACUUUAAAGCUUAUUUAAAUGCAUUUUCUAUAAGACAAGAUGAGAAAUUUAAUUACAUUUUUUACCAGAAAAUGUUAUAUAAGUGUACAUUUGGCCCUAUGAUCAUGAAAUUAUUUGAAUGUUCAUAAUAAUUAUUGAAGAUAGCUGAUGAAUUGAUGUAAUUCAUCAUUAAAAUGUAAAAAUGGAGUUGCCAAUGCUUUUAUAUAAUUUUUAUUGCAAUAAUAAAAUGAGCAUUUUAAUGUUAAGUAAUCCUUUUCUGCUCAAAGUUUCAUGCUUAGAUGUGUAACUGUUAACUUCAAGAUAUUCUUGUUAUUGUGUGCUGAUGUAAAAUGUGCUCAUUCUGUAUUAUUUUCACUUCUUAAAAUAUGAUAUUUUUCAUUGAAUAUGAUCAGUUAUUGGGGUUAAAAUCACUAAAUGCUGGUAAUUACAUUCCGGUGACAGCUUGAGAUUGUUAUGCAUUAGAAUUAUCAUGGAAUUAUGCUGUGUAAUAAUUACGUCCCUACUGCCGAGGCAGUGUAGUAUGGUAAACUUAUAAUAUAUCAUCUGAUAAGUAUAAAAAUGUGUUAAAAGUAUAUAUAAAGUUUAAUACAGUUAUGUUGACUUUUUUGCAAUUUAGUAGUAGAAAAUGAAGUUAAAAUUAAAUCUGUGAUUUUUGAUACCAAUAAAAUAAUAUCGCCAUCCUUAUGGUUGGUUUUUAACUGAUACUUACUAAAAAGUUUGCUUUAUUAUAAAUUUUAUUGGAAUAAUAAAAUUGUGUAGAAUUUUUCUCAGAAAUCUGUUGUUGUUUAAAAGAAAUUGCAGAUCAAUAAUCACAAAAUUUAACAAAUAUUGUCUAAUUUUUAAACUUAAGAUUCAACCUUGCUCGUUUUAAUUCCCUGCGUAUUUUAAGAUCAAAAUAUGCAUUAAAAUAAUUGAUCACUUUAUAUAUCAAGUUAAAAAAGUCACUUCAUUGUUAAGUAUUAGGAGAGUAUAUGUUCAUACACACACAUGCAAAAAGAGAAGUCAUGUUUAAAAUGAGGGGGCAUGUUUGAAUUGUUUUGUGCAUUUUAAUAAUUUAUCCAUGUUUGGCAUCUGUCUGUCUAGGCAUUCAGUGUUGAAUAAAUGUUUGAAAAAAAAACAUAUUUUCUUGACUUGUGAUAUAAAUACUAGAUAUUGAUCAUUUUAUUAGUUCAAAAAAGGUUCUACAAAUUUUCAAGACUCCUAAAAAAAUUAAGUAACUAUUGCAUAAAUAAACAAUAUUAAUAUACAAUUACGGAUUAGCAUUUUUAGUAUCAAUGUGGAUAGAUGAAGUUUAGUAUGAUUGUCUCCAGUUAUCAGUUUUCUGUAACGUGCAGCAGAUGAUAUCUAGUAUAAUGUCGUGAGUGGUGGCAGUGAUUCUGAUUGCGACAUAUUUACAAGUAUAGAUAUAGAUAGUAUUAUGCACUCAUUCAUUUAAAAAGGCCUUUCAAAAAAAAAUGUAGUAGUUUUAAUUUGGAGAAUGUUCAUUGUUCAUGGUGCAAGUGUCCUUUUUGGCUGGAAAAUGGGUUUUGAUGUACUGUUUUACAUCUACUAAGUAAUAAGGAGGUGUUCUGCUUGAAAAUUUAUGAUAAUAGUCAUGUAAUUGUGGUACUAGAAACAUGUGUAAAAUGUUGAUACACAUAAAAAAACGACUAUUUGCCUGCCAAAAGUCUUUAUUAACUAUGACAUACUACAGUUUUGUAAUAAAGUUACUUUACUGAAAUAUGAUAUGCUGUACUGCAUUACAAGACUUACUUUGCUUUUUGUAUAUUUCCUAAAUUGUUUUCUGUAAAGUUAUAUUCCCCAUUUUGAUUAGAUCGCAUUUAACCUUUAUGCUAAAGCGCUUGCUGGCUAACUGACUACGGGGAAAGAUACUUUCAUCAGACACUUUUUAAACCUUUUUUGGAUGAGAAAUAAAUGUUACAUAGUGUAGUUACGAGCUAUCUUGAGCUGGUUAAACUGGUUUGUGUUUACAAUGGCGUAGGUACCAUUUCUAAAACAUGCACUGUUUUCUUCUGUGGUUCAAGUUUUAAAACAAAAGGCCAGUAUGCGUCUUUAUUCUGUUAUUUCUAGAAAGGAUGCAUGAAAGAAUUAAAAUAAGUUCAUGGCUAAAAUGUUGUAUUAGAAUUUUAAAUAUAUCAUUUCAUUAUACUUUAACAAAUAGUAUGUUCAAAAUUUUUGGACUGGUAAUCAUAAUUUGUCUCAAAAAAUAAUAUAAAUUUUGAUGGAAAAUAUAUCCAAUAGAAAUUACAUGAUUUAUAACAAUUAAGCUGGAAUCCCUUUUUUGUAUAAGGAAAUCAUUAAAAAUAUUACCUCUCAUUUUACUUCAUUACUACAGAAUUGCAUUAAACUACAAAGCUAAAGUUUAAAGUCUAUCGUGAUGUCCUUUCCCAAACUGUUCUAUUUGAUUAUCAUAUAAUUUAUCUUGUUAAUUGGUUUUCUAAAACUUAUUUUAAAAAAUGUUCUUGAGUUUGAAAGAAGAGUAUUUCAAGGAUACCGGUGUGACAUUGUUAAAUGAUAAUCUGUAAAAUUUUUAUAGCUGUCAUACAUUGCUAUUUUAAUAUGUGAAUAUGUUAGAAGAGAAAUGUGCACCUUGUUGUCAUGACCCUUUUGUUUGAAUCCUAACUAUUUAUUAAAGGUUUACCAAAUUUUCUUGUAAUAAUUUUUACAUAAUAAGUGUGAAUUUUGACAUAAUAAAUAAUUUUUACAUGAUGCUACCAUGCAUUUAUCAUACAUGUAUCUUAGCAAGUAUUGCCAUUGUGUGAAGCGUAGCAAUUUGAAUUGUCUUGAAUUGGCUUUAUAAUCUUUUCUGAAAAUUGUUUUGUUUAUCAAACUGUAGUCUCUUUCAAAUGAAAUCAGUCUGUAAUUACAUAACAAACUGAAUAUGUUCAAAGAAAUAAAUGAACUUAAUAAUUGAAACCUAUAUUUUAUUUCUGAUAUUGUAUUUGGAUAUAAUUUAAAAUAUCCAACUAAUAAUUUGGUACUUAAAUAUUAUUUCAUCAACCAUGAAACUUAAUGGAGAUUCUGUCAAAGUUACGCUAGUCAUUCCUGCAAAAUUCUCAAAAUACUGACCCCUUCUUUAUUUAAUAAGCAAUCAAUAUUCAACCUGCUUCAGUUUUGCAUUUUGUAAAAACACUUAUUAGUUUCUAGUAUUUUUUUAGGCUAUCCACUUUUAUCAAAAGCUCUGUUUAUCUGUUUAGAAUGCUAAGAGUACAAACUUGCUGCAGGUUAUUUUUCUAAUAUAUUACUGUUUUGUUGGCCAUGUUCAGCUAACCAUGUCAUAUUUAUUAAUACACACUUCCUUGAUGAUAGGAUCCCAUAACUUUGAAAAUAAUCCACUGCUUAACUUUGUACAGAAAGCAGGUCUCAAUUUUUUUUUUUUUUUUUUUCAAAAUGCAUGAAAAAAUACAGCAGUAACAAUUGCUUUAUAUCCUUAUUCAUAAAAAUACAGUAUGGCUUAUAAAGAAUCACUCAGGUUGCAUCAAACAGAAGCACAUGUUCUUGAGUUUGUGGUUAUGUCACCCUUAUCCAUAACAGGCACUAACUUGCACGGCUUUACAAGUUUCAUAGUUGACAGGAUAAUAUGUAAAUACCAAUAAUUUUUAUGAACAUUUAAUCAUUGUUGUAAUUAAAAAUGUUUAUACACAAUAUAUUAGUUAUUUUGGUAUAGAUUUUUUCUCUGCAAAAUCUGGUUUUAUUUACUUUCAGUGUUUAUUGUGUUUUAGAUACUGUUUCUGCCUAAGUGAAGUUUUUUUUUUUUUUAUUUGUAGAUAUAACUGAAAUAAGUAGCCUUUAAUAUAUUUAAAAACUGUAUAUUGAAUUAAGUAUUUAAUUAUAAGUUUGUUUUAUUUAGUUUAUUUAAAUGGUUGCCUGGCAUAAUGUCUCUGAAAUAAAGCAAUUCUUGAGUAAGGUUGCACUUACAAAAAGGUUGUGCAUUGUUCUGUUAGAAAAUAAUUUAAAAAAAGAAGUAAAUAUUUGCAUAAGUGCAGUGUGUAUAUUGUCAGUAAAAUAGUGUGUGUACUAAAAUCUCUGUAUAAAAAUUAAUUUUAUUAUUGUUAUUAUCAGAUAUUCAUACCUUAAUGCAAAAUCUCUCAACGGAAAAUACUUAAGGGCGUAAACUAUUUCACAAAUAUGUGCAUAAUUUGUUUUAUUUUGAAGUUUGCAGAAGCCUUCUAAUUAUUUUUGUUCUAUAUAUUCCUGCAACAAAAUUUAAUUAAUUAAAUGUAUUUUAAAAAGAAACCUUUUGGGAGGAGGAUCAUGUUUUACUUAUUUUUAAUUAUAUGAUAUGAUUUAGAUAUAAAUGCUGAUGAAAGUUAUAUUAAAGGAAUAGAUACAAGUGUUAUUUUGUGUUAAUGUAUACACUCAAACCUGUUUUUGUGCGGUAGUACUCUGAUAAUACAACUACUAGUUAUGCGCAAAAACAGGAUUUUUUAUUCUGUGGAAUUAUUUUUUUUUUAAUUUUUAAUUACUAAUUAUUGAUACUAGAACAUCUUUACAAGGUAUAACCUAAUUCAGCACACAAUGCAAAAUAAUUAAAUGUUACUUCUCAAAAAGUCAUGACUAGGUACAUGAUCUGAUAUUCAACCAAGAUAAAAGAUAAUACUAUCUCAUAAAUACUUUAAAAGUAUCAGAAUUGUUAAAAUCCUGUAGAACUCAAAUAAACUAGACAAAUUAGCAAGGGCUAUCAUUUGAUAUCGUUCAAAGUUAGCAAAACUUGUUCUUAUGCUGUUAAUCAUAUGAUCCGUAACUUUUUUUUUUUUUAACAACAGUUCCUUGAAAUAUGAAAUACAGCUCAUUUGUAUUAAUUUCGUGAAGUAGUGUGCUUGACAGCCAUCUGCAAAAUUAAAUUGUAAAACUUGAAAACAUAAAAGACUAGAGAUAUAAUUUUAAAAGAAAGCAAAGAAUUUUUUAUUAGGCAAAUGAAUUUUAAACUAUAAUGUUGAACACAUUAAGCACUUAAUUGUAUCAAAUGCGCAUAUAAUAACCCUGUUUUAGUUUAGAUACAUGUAUUUUGCUUUGGCUACAUAUAUUCUAAAGGAAACAAGUUCUAUGUAUGUUGUUGUUGCUUAUGCUCACUUGUCUGGCAUAUAGUCAGCUGAAGCCCAAGAAAUUCCUCAUGACGAGGAGUGCUAGAAUAGCCUGCAUUGGCAACAGCCUUGAAGCACCAUUCAGGUGAUAGUGCGAUUUAGCUCAGUUCCGCCCCGAAUUUUGAUGGAGAGCAUCCUGAGGGUACUGGUCCGAGUGUCUCUCACCCCUCUCUUCUUCCACCAAAUCACACAACAGGACUUUCGGCUCGCCGCAUAUUUAGAAAGCCGCCAAACUGCACUGACAAUAUACAUUUACAAACAUCCAUACCUCCUCCAGGAUUCAAACCUGGGCUUUUCAGCACGGCAGUCAACGAUGCUAACCACUAUACUGGUUGGGCAGCAGUUCUAUGUAUAAUGGAAUGAAUUAAUAGUUUUAGUGAUAAACUUUGAUGAACAGAAAUAAAUUUUAUAUCUGAAUGAAUAGUAUGUAUUCAAGUGAAUGCAAACUAAUUAUGAUCUAAAAAUGGAUUUAAUAUUAUGUUUUAUGAAUGCAAUAAUACUGAAGUAUACGCCAUUAAUCUAUUGUAGGUCCUUGGAAUUAUGCCCAGCUGGAGGAUGUAUACCAAACAAAGUUUUUCUAAUAAGAAAUAAAGAGAAAAUAAUUAAUCUGUUCUUAUUAAAUAAUCCUAUUUGUAUAACACUAUUUGAUACUAAAAUACAGAAGCAGUGGGUGAAAUAUAUAACGUAUGUGAAUGAAAUAUUCAAUAUGAUACUGUAUGUCCCAACUGGACCUAUGCCGAAGUUUUCUAAUAAGAAAUAAAGAGAAAAUAAUUAAUCUGUUCUUAUUUCAAAAUCCUAUUUAUUUUUAUAACGGUGUUUAAUACUAAAAUACAAAAGCAGUGGGUGAAAUAUAUACUGUAUUUGAAUGAAAUAUUGUGUAUGAUACUGUAUGUAAAUGAUUUUCUGUUAUCCAGAUCAAAAGCAGUUUCUCGGCAUGCUGUACUAUCCCUGAUCUAUAUUUGGUAAUUGAUUUCAUCCCCUUUGCAGUGUUAAUUUAGUAGUGUCUUUUUACAGUUAUAGAUAUCUUCAUUCUUGGCAUACAGUAAUACUAUAGCUAUAUUUCAGAUAUGCAGAUCACCAUCUUAUUUUUCAAGAAUCUGUUUCUCCACCUCCAUGGUGAUGGAAUUCUAACCAUUUUCUUCAUAGCUUCACUCAUCUCAGUAACAUUCUAAAAACUCAUAGUUAACACGUUUGCAAAAAAAUUGUGCGAGAAAUCACAAAAUUACAUUAAAAUUCAGAGUUCUAGCAUGGGUUGCUUACCGAAUAGUAGCAAUAAGCAUACUGAUGCUCAUGGGCAGUUGUAGCAUUAUCUUGAAAGAGGUAAAUAAGGGUAGUGUGCAUAGUCACUUUUCAAAUUAAAGUCGUAUUUCAAAUAAAUAUUGUAUACCAAACAAAAAAUUUCAUGUUCACACAGAGCAUAUGCCAAAUUGGGCAUAUUUCAGAGUGGACAUAUACCAAGGUAGCAUUGCAUAUUUUAUGACAUUAGGGAAUUUUAGUUAUAUAUUAAUCAAAAAAGUAAUUGUGGCAAAAAACAACAACUUUUUUUAUAUGGUGACAGUCAAGUGUGUUAAAAUGAAAGAUUUCUUAAAAUAAAUACUAAUUUCUUAUAUAUUUUCCGAUUAAAUGUGCAUUUAGAUGUGUGUGUGGGACGCCCAUGUAUUUGUGCACACACACAAAAAUUUGUUGCUCUUCCUUGGUCAUAAUUUUACUAUGUAAUACUAGUUUAAUUAGCAUCCAUUAAUGCUUCUACUUUUUUGGUUGUUGUGGAAUAAUUAUCAAUUAUUAGGGAAACCUGCAGCAUUUUCUUCUAAUCAAAAGAGCAUUUAUAUUUUUUAGUAAUCAAAAGUGUGUAUAUUUCUGAAACUUUAUUAUAUAGUGAUAUUUUCAUAUACAAAAAAUAUGUAGUAAACUGGGCCCUUAAAAUAAGGUCAAAUUAGUAAAUUAGUGUAUUUUAUGGUUGUGUUAUACAGUAUAUUUCAUUAGAUCAGAAUGCAUUUUAAGCAUGCUUUCAUUUCAUUUAUUUAAAUGUACUUACAUACACAAUUUUAAUUUAUGUAUUUUUGCACAAUUUGCAUCGUUUUUAAUUUCUGUUAACAUUUCACUCUGUUCAUAUAAAAGUAGCAUAUGGUUAAAAUUGUAGUUUACAAAAUGAUAUGUUCAUUGAAAUUUAGUUUAUUUAUGCAUGUAUUAUAGAUUGGUAUUUGUCCAUCAGACUCUUUAUUAUUUUCCGUCUAUGUAUUAGAAAAUCAGGAAUAAAUUAUAUUUGUUGAUUUUUAUGUUAUUUUUGAAGAUGUGUAUAAUGAAUGAUUUUUUUUCUUUUGUUUAAUUACCGUUUGAUUUUUAAGUUUUUCUAUUAUGUUAAUCAAAAAGGGCAGAAAGUAUUUGUUGUAUUUAAUUAGCAAUGCUAAUCAUAGUAACUUGUACAUGCUUUUAUAUUCUGUAGAAUUGGUCUAGUCAUAACGCUUUCUUUUACCUUUUUCUUACAAUUUUUAAAAUUCAGUAUCAGCUGGAUGUUUUGGAAUGUUCACUGUUGUUGAAUUUAUUGUUUAUUAUUGUCUAAGUUUGUAUUCAUAAUUUAAAAAAAAAGUAAUUGAUAAAAUAAAAUGUGCCAAAGUAAAUUGCUUAGACACAGUCAGAAAGCUGAGGGUUUCUAAUAAAACAUUAGUAAAAAAAUCUUACUUUUUUAACACAUUUAGUGAAAAUAAAAGUUAAACUUCUGAAAUAUUUUUUACUAAUGUCAAAAUAACUAUGAGUAUUAAUGUAUUAAUAGAGAACCAAAUGUUCAUUAUUUAUAGAAUAUAUUUAAGAUUUUCCCCCCUAAUUUAAUGCAUUAUUAUGAUUUAAUGAUGAUAUGGAAUUUAUACAAUCCAAAUAUGACGUAUGUGCAUAGUAAUGUUUAAACCAGUAUAUAUUUAUAUUGGUAUUAAAUUCUGAAUAUGAUUAUUAGAUUGAAGAUUAAAACUUAUAUCAACUGUUGCCUAACUUUCAACAAUUCAAUUUUAAUAUUUACUUUAAAAUUUUCAUUAUUACACUUUUAUGUUAACUUAUAAAAUUAAUUUCUCAUGAAUCAUUUUGAUUUAGAUUAAAUUCCAUUUGAAUACUUAUUAAUACAUUGUCAGCAUUUGUGUGCAAAAAGUGUUAAUAGUAAAUAUUAUGUUUCUAUUUAAGAUGACAAAAUUUAUAACAUGCUUGUUACUAUGUGUUAAAUAUUUUAUGAAAAUACAGGAGAUCAGUUUCACUGUAGAAACAUAUUCAUAAGAAAAUGCAAAGAAAUUAAAUACCUAAUAUUCUUGGUAAUUCAAAAUUCAUUAAUUGUGGCAUUUCAAGCAUAUCUUUUUACUGAUAGCUUAAGAAAGUAUCACUUAACUAAUGAAGUGUUUAACUAAGAUUUUAGUACUUCGUUAGGAGGUGAUUUUGUUUUGAAGAUAGAUUCAUGGUUAAUAGUUAAUACAUGUAUAAGUAGUCUUUUCUGGUAAAGAGAAAGGGAAGGAUUAUUUUAAAGCUUGGCUAGAAAGUUAUUUUUAUGAUCUAUCAAGAAAAAUAGUAAAAUGAUAUAUUGAAAUAAAUUUCCUUAUAUAUAUUAAGGUAUGUUAAUGUAUGUAGUAGGUUUUUUUUUUUUUUUUUUUUUUUUUUUUAAGUUUUGUUAAAAAGUUUUUAUGGAACUCUUUGAAUGAUAAUAUCGAAAUAUAGGCUAUCUUAUUAACUGUUUGCUGUCUUGUCUUUCUAGUACUUUAUAGUGUGUUAACAAAAAUUAUUCUAAGACACUAAAUUUAAUUUCCCAAUGAGGUUAGAUCAGAUUAUUUUCUGGUAAAGCAUAUGCAAAGACUGUCUGCCUUAGGAAAGGUGCCUUUGUAGAAAAUUUUCGAGGAAAAAUGAGUUCAUAAUCACAUUACACUUGUGGGAAACCCCUUGUUCUUGUUCAGAUGAACUACCAAUAUUUAGUGACUGUUCACUUAGUCACUGGUACAUUAAAAAAUGUAAUAAGUUUAAUAUGUAAAAAAAAAAAAAAAAAAAUACCAUGCAGCUUAGUAUGUUAUUUUACUUCUUUUUUCAGUUUGCAUAAAAGAUUCAGUAGGUAUUAAAAAGUAUUCAUUUAAAAUAUAGAAUAAGUGUCAAAGCUAAUAUUUGCAUUGUAUAAAUGAUAAUUAUAAAAGUUAAUUUCAUGAAUUUUUGCAUUGUCUGUCUAUAAAAUCUCGGACUAUUUUAAUAUUGGAUUAAACAUUAAUUUUUUCAUUUAAUAUGAAAGUUCCCUUCCUCUAAUAUUAAAAUAUGUACUCUGAGAGAGGGGCAUUUGAAAACUUUUUGCUGUCAGCCAUUCUUCUGUAAGAUACUUUCAUUGUAUCUUCCAUUCAAAUUUUUAUCUCUGCUAACCUAAGUUAACCAUCAUCUUGUUUUUAAAAUUUUUAAUAAAAAAGUGAGAUUUUUUGUAUUUUCACAGGAACCUUAGUAAAAUAAAUAUAAUUUAAUUUGUUUUUUUUUUAUAAAGUUUUCAUGCUAAAAAUUCAGAAAGACAUCUGUUAACUCUUAAGAAUUUUUUCAGUCAGUAUUCGGGAAUAUAGUUUCCAUUAUUUUGCUGUUUUAUAUAAAGAUUAAUUUGUAGUUCUGUAAAUUUUUUAUUCAUAAACUGUUAUUUUAAAUCAAGACACUUUACGAUUUUGUGAUUGUGCAGUGUCUUGAAUGCUCAUAAAUUUUGCAAUUCAUCUAGUACAUUAGCUGUUCUUUUUUGCUUAAAACAAUAUUUAAAUAAUUGACAAUACAGGCAAUAAUCUAAGCAAAAAUGUGUGAAGUAGUUUUCAUAACAACAUUAAUAUGUGUAUGAAUACCAUGUGUUUUAAACCAGUCAAGACUUUUAUUUUAGUAAGCUAUAUUAAAAUGUAAAUUAAAAGUAAUUUAAUUCUGUAACAUGUAAUAUUUUAAAUUUGUAAAUGUAUAAAAAAUUGCUGAUUAUGAAAUGCAUUGUUGAAACAUUGGAUUAAAUUGUACAUCAAUAAGCUGUUUUCUUCUUGAAAAAAAUAUCUGAAAUUCGCAUUGCAAUAUUUUCACACAUAUAUAUCUAAAUAAAGUUUCUUAUUUAUUUUA